UCCACACGAGAAGAUCUCUUAUCAAAGCUCAAGCUGGCUAAACAAGCUCUGCUCUGGGAACGCGCCGUGACGCAGCGCCUGCGCAGUCAACUCGAUAUGGCUGAGGCCUGGUCGCCGCCCGAUAGCGAAGAGGAGGUACUGACAUUGAAAGCCCAGAUGGCGUCUUUGCUUGAAGAAAAUCGGAAACUGAAAGAGGAGGCAGAGGCAUCGUCCAGCGACAGCAGCGACGGCGAGGAGACAGAAGCAUUGCAGGCAGAAGUGCGUGACGCGCAGGCGGAGUUAGAAGUGGCACAAGAAAAGUUGAAGGCUGGACAGGAGCAGCAGAGGGCAGCCGACGAGCAGGUGGCUGCGGCCAAAGCAGAGGCGGAUGCCCUUCGCAAGGCCAUGGACACCUUGGAGACGGAGAAGGCGGCGGCGGCAGAAGCUGCGCAGGAGGAGGCGAAGGUGAUCCGCGGGGCCGUGGAAGAACUGAAGAAGAAGUUGCAGGAGCUGCUGAAAGACGGGGAAGAGAGGUGGACGGACAAGUGCGAGGACUGCACGGCAGCUUGCGCAGAGGGGUUCACCGACCGCAGAUCAAAGGCCGGUUCAAUGAGCUGGACGGUGGCUCAGGCACAGAAUGCGCGGCUGAAGCUACAUCGCUCAUGGACCCAAUACAUCGACGAGUCAGUCAAGCUUUGGAGAACUUUCGCAACAGACUUCGCGAACAAGGAUGCAGAGAUGGCGAAAAAAGUCACGGAAGCCAAAGAGGCUGUCCAGGAGGCAAAAAAGAAGUACGACACUGCGAAAGAAGACAACGAUCGACAAGACGCAGCGAACAUCGAGGAUGUAGAGGAGAUUUCGGAUGGGAUGGAGGACGAGCCGACCGACAAGAUGGCUACGGCAGAAGAGAUCCAGGCCAACAUCAACACGAUGUUGGACAACCUGGAGGUCCUUCGAGCUCGACCUGCACAAGAGCAAUCCGAACAUGCCAACAAGAAGCAACGUACAGAUCCAGGAGACGAUGGGGAACUACCUGGACAGCAUGGCUUUGGGGCUUCUGCUCUCAAGCCUUUUGGUGCGCCCGGCAAAUAG